AUGAUUUCUUCUUCCGAUUCAACAUUUACAACGAUUGAUUCAAAGAAUAACAAUGCAGAUCCGACCGAUAACACCAAGUCGAUAUCCACGACAACGACAUCUGCCACAAACAACAUCAAGAAAAUUCAAUUAGUGAGUGGUGAAGAGAGAAAUGAAAUUCAAAAACAAAUGGACUCUCUCUAUGAAGAUAUUGAAGUUGUAAGCAACAGUCCGAACAGUACCACCAGUACAGGCAGUAGUAGCAACAACAACAACAACAUUCAUAAUAAUUACCUACUUGCGUCUUCUGGUGAAUUGGAUUCUGUCAUUACAAAUCGCGAAAAGAACAAUAUAAGAAGAACACACUCUCCGAUCGGAUACGAUAACUAUUUUGAAGGUCACCACACUUCAUCAUCAUUUUCCUCUCCUCCAACCAUCGGAUCCUACAGUUUCAACAAUGGUUACAACAGGGUUCCGAGUGAUUCUAAUCUUGGAUUGAGUGCUAGUGGUGAAAAAAGUGAUCCUCUCCAUUCUUUCGUAAAUGGUGAUAACCUUUUAAAAACAAGAUACAAUUCUGAACCAAAUUUAAAACUGGAAAAGGAGGCACUGGAUCAUUUGAGAUUUAUUCAAUCUAUAAAUUUUAGUCAGAAUUUUGCUUCUAUUGUGAAUGAUCCUCUUGAGGAGAGCUCGUGGAUUGACGCAAUUGGAGAUUACUAUUGGUACGGAGAAAAAGAGAAAGUUAUUCCCUCAGCAAAAUUGCCCUAUAUCGAUUUAAACGAUAAGGAAAUUUCUUCCUAUUUGAACAAAAUAGAAGACUUGUACAAAAAUUUUGAAAAAAACAAAGCCAAACCAAUAAUUCCAGCACAAUAUUAUGAGUCUGAACUCGAGAGUGCAAAUGCUAUGGAUAUUGCCAUAAACCGAGAGCUUAUUCCACCAAUUUUCUUUGAAGAAGGUUUUAAUCUUGGGGAUAUUGCAACAUUUCAACAAAUUUUUUCUGAAGAAGCAAUGUCAGCUUCCUUACUUUUCCAAGAAAAGCUGUCACAUUAUUUAGAUAGAACUGAGGUACUCCUGAUACAGCAAGUGACGUUUAGGUCCGCCAAAAUUUUCGAUGCUUUUGUGCAAUACAAUCAGCUAGAUGAUGAUGUCAAUGAAGCUCUUCCACUUAUCAAAAGCCUACGUAGCAAAAUUAAGGAAAUAGAUGAUAUUGCAGCCAAGAGCCCUUUAGAGGUUACGGCACUAGUCAGAAAGAAAAACAACAUGAAAAAGACUCUUGAAUUUUUGAAAGUUAUUUAUGCUAUUCAACAGAGUCAUAUCAUGAUCGAUGAAUUAAUUGGAAAUAAUGAUUUUUUAGAAGCUCUUGAAAUUAUUAACGGAACUAGAGAGCUUGUGAGAACAGAAUUUGCCAACGUAAAAUGUCUAAGAAAUAUUCCAGAAAGAAUGAACGAAAAGGUUAUUGAGAUACAGUCAAAAGCUCAAAACUUAUUCAUAUCCAAAUUGAUAGAAAAUUAUUUAUUUAUUUUUGAACCUCCCUCCGGUUACAAUGACACAGAAUAUUUGUCAAUACUUGAAAGUGAUUUAAGGCCAAUAUUGAAAACAAUGCUAGUCAUUUGUGAUACGCAGUUUAUAGUUCAGCGAUACCGUGAUAAGUUAAUGCCAUUCGUGAACGAAAGAAUAACAUCAACUAUUGAUAAGACUUUGGACGGCAUGAAAAUUACUUUUUCGAACUCACCUGUGUCCACUUCCGUCGACCAAAAUGCUUCUAGAUAUCUCAACUCUAAAACAAUUCAGGUUCUAAAGUCAAUACCUAUGGAUCAGUUCAUCACAGUCCUUUCGACAAUUAUUGACAAGGCCAUUUUAUUGUUAAAGCGAAGCAUGGAGAUUGUGACAAUUCUACAUACGUUAUUUGAGAAUGUUGAGGCAAUCCAAAAGGUGAAAGCGUCAAACAUGUUGAAAGAAUUCGACAAAAUCAAUACUUCCUUGAACGAACAAAUCCAUUCAAGACUUUCAAUUAUUGUGUCACUGAGAGGUGACAUUGUCAAGUCUAGCACCAAAUCUGAAUUGCUGAAAUUCAUGGAAAUGAGUUUUAACUUUAUUGAAACUGCAGAAAAAACAGUUGGGAAAAAGGUUAACCUUUUGAGAGGAUCUCUUCAAGCUGUUGGUCAAACAUUUUUGGAUGAGUUCAGUAAGCAGCAUGUAGACACACUAAAAUCAAUUUUAGAAAAGGAGACAUGGGCAUGGGUUGAGAAUAUUCAGCCCAAAUACCAAGAGAUUAUAAAUACUAUUCAAGACAAAUCGAAAGAAAAUGGAGCUUCCACAAACAAUUCAAAAAGUCACACCUCCAACAACGACAACAGCACAACGGAGGCAAACGCCAUGAAAUAUAUUACUGUGAAAGGAGAGCUCUUUCCUGUGUGCUCGAGCUUCUUGCAUUUAGUGAAAAUGACCAAGAAUUUUCUUGAAUUACUCUCUGUGGAACAUCAAAAGUUUGUCAGCAGCUAUGAUUUGAGUGCAAGGAUUUGCAAUUUAUAUGCCGUGUUUAAUGUGGAUGUGAAAAAUCUCAUUUUGAAAGCUGGAGCGAUUAAUCCUAAAAGUGGUUUAAAGACAAUCACUGCUAAGCAUUUAGCUCUUACAUCUGAAGUUAUGGGAGCGGUGACUCUUCUAUUACUUGAGGUUAAGAAGUAUAUCGAAAUUACAGAGCCAUCUCUAAAGGGUAAAUUAAUGAAAUUCGAAGAUAUCUCAACAGAUUUAAAGGAACACAGACUUGCCUUAUACCAAAAAGUUGUUGAUAUUAUGAAGGAUGUUCUCGAGAAUCAUGCCAAAGAUUUCGUAAAGUUUGAUUGGGACAAUGGACAACGAAAGGACUCUCCUUUGAAUGCCAUCAUUAAGGCCAUGCUCUCCAUUCACAAAGUCCUCACUUCCUAUUUACAUACACAUCCCAAUGACUUGCGAAAGGUUUUCUCACGAAUCGCCACCAUGUACAUUAACAGAAUGAAGAUUGGCAUCCAAUCUCUUCAAAACAAAGUUUCUAGAAAGGCCAUCAAGAACAUUAGAGAAGACGUCACAACAGUUACCAAACAGUUACAGAAAUGGUCUGAUGUUAUUUAUGAUGAUAUUAAUUUGAAUGAAAUUGAGAAUUGUUUCAAUGAGUGCUUUAUGCCUGUGACUGCAGUGCCGAACAACUCAACACUGCAAACACAGCCAACAACCACGACAGCCGUACCAAAUGCAACCACUAAUACCGAUAGUGCAACGUCAAGUAAUAAAUAA